ACAUAAUGUAAUCUCAUCUCUCAUAAGUCAUACUCCACUCAUAAGCAUUUCAUCAAACACAUACGGAGUAGCGAGCAAUGUCGCUAAUCCCCAGAAACACCUCCAACAAUCAAACCCCUUUCACCCCAUUUUCUCAAAACUUCUGGGAUCACUUCUUCUCCCAUGAUUUCCCUCUCCAACCCUUCACAAACCUCCCACUCUCCCCCUUUCUCACCCCUCCUCACUCAGCGCGUACAGUCCCAUACUCGGAACUCGCCGUGGAAACCUUCGGCGAGGUGAGAACCCGGCUAGAGUGCAAGGAGAUCCCAGAAGCGCACUUGAUCGUGGCCGAUUUGCCCGGGAUCGAGAAACACGAGGUGGAAGUCGCGGCGGAGGAUGGCGGGUUUAUUAAGAUUAGCGCCGUGGAUGGGAGGUUCUCGUGGCGGUUGAGGUUGCCCGAGGGUGCGGAGGUUCAUUUGAUGAGUUCGUCGGUGGAGAACGGUGUCUUAACCGUUGUGGUUCCGAAAUUUGUCGGGGAAAUGAUGUGGGAAAGAGAGAAUAACGAGGGAGGUCGUGAUGUUAGAGUAAUCGAAAUUACCGGCGAAGAUGAAUGAAAAUUAUGGUAGUAAAGCUAGUAAUUAGGCUUAUGUUCCUUUGUGUAAUUAUGUGUAUAAGUGUAUGUUGUAGACUUGUAGUAGAAGUUUAUGUGAAUAACUAAAUAAAUAUGUACUUCGUAGCACUUUUGAUUACAUUGUGAAUUUGUGACCUUUGUCUAGGUAAUUUCGUUUACAGUUGCUAUUUUUAUGAGUUUAACAAUCACCAUAAAAAUAAUAAAAAUUGUGUUUACAUUGUGAC